AUGAACUGGAGGCUUGUUGAGUUCCUCUACCUCCUGUUUAUAUGGGACCAUAUACUAGUACAGCCCUCCCACCAGGACCCAGCUGCUACCAACCAACAUGUCUCCAAGGAGUUUGAUUGGCUUAUUUCAGACAGGGGGCCUUUCCACCACUCGCGGAACUACUUAUCCUUUGUGGAAAGACAUCGUCAAGGAUUUACAACCAGAUAUAAAAUAUACAGGGAGUUUGCCCGUUGGAAGGUGAGGAACACAGCCAUCGAGCGGAGGGACCUGCUCCACAACCCACUGCCCCUGAUGCCUGAGUUUCAGAGGAGCAUCCGCCUCCUGGGCAGGAGACCCACCACGCAGCAGUUCAUUGAUACCAUCAUCAAAAAGUACGGCACCCACAUCCUCAUCUCUGCCACCCUGGGAGGAGAGGAGGCCUUGACCAUGUACAUGGACAAAAGCCGCCUCGACAGAAAGUCGGGAAACGCCACCCAGAGCGUUGAAGCAUUGCACCAGCUCGCUUCCUCCUACUUUGUAGACCGUGAUGGCACCAUGAGGAGACUCCACGAGAUCCAGAUCUCUACUGGAGCAAUCAAGGUAACAGAAACUCGGACUGGCCCCUUGGGCUGUAACAGCUACGACAAUCUGGACUCUGUGAGUUCUGUCCUUCUGCAAAGCACUGAGAGCAAACUCCACCUGCAAGGUCUCCAGAUCAUCUUCCCGCAGUAUUUACAGGAGAAGUUUGUCCAAUCUGCCUUGAGUUACAUCAUGUGCAAUGGCGAGGGGGAGUACAUCUGCCGGAACAGCCAGUGUGGCUGCCAGUGUGCCGAGGAGUUCCCGCAGUGCAACUGCCCCAUCACCGACAUCCAGAUCAUGGAGUACACGCUAGCCAACAUGGCCAAGACCUGGACAGAAGCCUAUAAAGAUCUGGAGAAUUCAGAUGAGUUUAAAUCCUUCAUGAAAAGGCUACCUAGCAACCACUUCCUGACCAUUGGGAGCAUCCACCAGCACUGGGGGAAUGACUGGGAUCUGCAGAACCGCUACAAGCUGCUGCAGAGCUCCCUGGAAGCCCAGCGCCAGAAGAUCCAGCGCACUGCCCGCAAACUCUUUGGCCUCAGUGUCCGAUGUCGGCACAACCCUAACCACCAGCUGCCUAGAGAAAGGACAAUACAGGAAUGGCUUACCCGUGUCCAGUCCCUGCUCUACUGCAAUGAGAACGGGUUCUGGGGGACCUUUCUGGAAAGCCAGCGGAGCUGUGUCUGCCAUGGUGGCACCAGCCUGUGCCAGCGCCCCAUCCCCUGCAUCAUCGGGGGCAACAACAGCUGUGCCAUGUGCAGCCUUGCCAACAUCUCUCUCUGCGGCUCGUGCAACAAGGGCUAUAAGCUUUACCGGGGUCGCUGUGAGCCUCAGAACGUAGACUCAGAGCGGAGUGAGCAGUUCAUCAGCUUUGAGACAGACUUGGACUUCCAGGACCUAGAGUUGAAGUACCUGCUACAGAAAAUGGACUCUCGCCUGUAUGUGCACACCACCUUCAUCAGCAACGAGAUCCGCCUGGACACCUUCUUCGACCCCCGGUGGCGCAAACGCAUGUCCCUCACCUUGAAGAGCAACAAGAACAGGAUGGACUUCAUCCACAUGGUGAUCGGGAUCUCCAUGCGAAUCUGCCAGAUGCGCAACAGCAGCCUGGACCCUAUGUUCUUUGUCUACGUCAACCCCUUCAGUGGGAGUCACUCCGAGGGCUGGAACAUGCCCUUUGGGGAGUACGGCUACCCGCGCUGGGAGAAAAUCCGCCUCCAAAACAGCCAGUGCUACAACUGGACCCUGCUACUGGGAAACCGGUGGAAAACCUUUUUCGAGACCGUCCACAUCUACCUACGCAGCCGGACUCGGCUGCCCUCCCUGCUGCGUAAUGAGACUGGCCAAGGGCCCGUGGACCUUUCUGACCCCACCAAGCGUCAGUUCUACAUCAAGAUCUCGGAUGUGCAGGUGUACGGCUACAGCCUGCGUUUUAACGCUGACUUACUGCGCAGCGCCGUGCAGCAGGUCAACCAGUCAUACACGCAAGGUGGGCAGUUCUAUUCUUCCUCCUCCGUUAUGCUCUUGCUGCUGGAUAUUCGGGACCGAAUCAAUAGACUGGCGCCUCCCGUAGCCCCAGGGAAGCCCCAGCUGGAUCUGUUCUCUUGUAUGCUCAAGCACCGCCUGAAACUCACCAACAGCGAGAUCAUCCGCGUGAACCACGCUCUAGACCUUUACAACACCGAGAUCCUCAAACAGUCGGACCAGAUGACAGCCAAACUCUGCUAACCCGGACUUUUCAGUGGACAUGUUGGUGAUUGGUUGAUCCUUUUGCUGUAAAAAAAAUAAAAGAGAAAAGAAAAAAAAGAGAAA